CGACAAGAGUCAUUCCUGCGGCGAUGUCCGAACACAUUACACUUGACUGUGAUAUAAUAAUUCAAUAAUAAUACAAUAAUAACAUCAACUAUUAUAUUAUUAAUAAUUAUUUAAUAAUCCUACACUGACAGUGAGAGUGAAACGUAGUGUGUAAUAGUGAAAGAAAGAAUACACAAAUGAAAAUGAAUAUAAGAAUAUUCUUCAUAUUUGUUGUAACAAUAACGACCACAAACUCACUGCGAUCAGGCCUACAGCUGAUGUUUCCACACGAGCAUAGAGAAUACGUCUAUAUCUUAAAAAGUAAUGUGUCCACUGGAACUUGGAAUCCUCGGAAAAGCGCCACCUAUUGGCAGCUGCAAGGCAACUUGCAUAUACAGGUGUAUGACAAUUUCACGAAGGCAAGACUGUUUUUGGAUGAAUUGGAGAAAUUAGUAUGCUGUACGGAUCACGGACCAGUACGCGAGUUGGAGACUGAUGAUGAUCAGAUCCUGAAGGAACCAUGGGAAUUGGAGUAUCAGGACAAUGGCUACAUAAAGUCUAUAUACGUUGGCCAGGAACCAGCCUGGUCGGUGAACCUGAAGAGGGCCAUCUCCAUCAACUUCCAGGUCACCAAGGAUAGUGGCACCUAUUCUGUUAAUGAGCCCUGUUUAGACGAUAUCUGCGCCAUGAUAUACCUUUCUCGAGGGAACCUGAUCAAGAAGUUCACCAGCCUGAAGGUGCCUACAGCCAGGAGUAGGAACAGCUGGGCUUCAGUACCCUGGUCUUCAGUGUACACUGGGAGAAGUGUGAUAGACUCAGUAUCGUCAGCAGAGCGAACAUACGAGCUGGAUGACUACAAAGGUCUGAGCUCAGUGGAGCUGAGAGGCAGUUACCAGUACAAAACACAUGACCACAUACUGGCAGUUAACACUGACCUAUCAAUAUCCUAUGACCAUGAUAAAGCGGCGAAAAGUGUUGAAAAACUGAAUUUAAUUCAGACAACGGUGCAGUAUGUAGCCAGUGACUAUAGAGACCCUUCCAAUGGCAUCCGGAACCUAUCACAAGCCUAUUUGAAAAAUAUCACUUAUGAGAUGCUCCUGAAAAUCGCUAGGAAAGGUAUCGAUGCUGACAACAUAGUGAGGAAUGCUUCGCUUAUACACAGCUUGGAUUUUAUAGACCUUUUGAACACAAUUUCAAGACUAAACCAGGAGACGUUAAUCAGCAUCUUCAAUGACCUAGUCCUAGGCACUAGUUACGAGCUAGAAACAGCUAGGAACAUAUUCUUAGAAGUCCUACCACAUGCGAGAAGCGACGCCUGUGUGAGGUUCAUCAAAUACUUGGUUUUGGAGGAAAAGGAAAAAGUAGAAGAUGCAGCCCUACUAUCCUUGAUCAGGAAACUACCAUUCAACGUGGCAGCCCCGAACCAGGCUCUUUUGGAAGAGUUGGAGGUCCUCAGCAAGUUGGGCCUGGACUUCCCACCAGAUAUCCGCCACGCUGGUAUACUGAGCUUCGCGACGUUACUGCAUAAGGCCAUGGAGAUAUCUCAAGUGAAGCAGGAUUACUUUGAUAACAUCGUCGUGAAGUAUUUCAGGAUGUAUAGCGACUGUCCUCAGUACCUGGACAGGAUGAUAUGGCUCCAAGGGCUCUGCAACAUUGGCUACUCAGCAGAGUCGUACACGAGGAUCAUACACGCAGACUCCACGAGAGACCGGCACGAGAGGCUCUGGGCAGCGCUCGCUGGGAGCCCCAAGACUGAAGAGUCUUAUACGGUUCUAGAAACGACCGUACCAAUAAUAACGAACGAAACUGAACACAUACAGCUGAGAAUUAUAGCUCUACACUCGUUUCUGAGUUCGUCAAACGUGAGGGAAACUGACUUCAUGUUCAUACACAAUUAUAUUAGGAAUUGUCACAAUAAUCAGCUGAAGAGGUUCUGGUUUGCGACUAUGAAGAAUUUGGAGGCUAACAAGAACUUUUCUGGGUAUCGGGUCACCUCCUUCUACGUCCCAUUCGUAGUGAACCAGGUAUCGAACCCCGACCCUCUGUACUGGGCGACGAACAACUACAUCAUCAGCGCUGAGGAGGAGGACAGUGCAGCAUCACUGCAGGUCUUCAGUGUGGGAGACCCUGAGGGUGUGCUGCCCAACUUCAUUGGAGCUAGGUUGUGUACUGGUGGGAGACGGCCUUUCAAGGUUGAUAUCUACCUGGUAAUGCAAGGAGUAGCAACCAGCCUCUUCAAGAAGCUGAACCACUUUAAUGAAAAGAACCUGAAGGUGGAAGAUCUGAUCCAUGUGCUGAAGAAAAUGAGAGUAUGGGCUGUGAAGGCGCCGGAGAAGGUUCACAUAGAUGUGGUGAUAAAGAUCCAGGAUAAAGCUGUAUUCGCGACACAUAUGAACCAAUCGCGCUUUGAAAGUGGUAGCGGAGAGGAUUUGGCCUACAUUGAAGAUUUCCUUCGUUUCGGAAGUCACAUCAACCAGCAGAUCGUGUACUAUCCGUUCCAGACUGAUGUCAACAUUCCUAGCGAAAUGGGAACUCCAAUCCGUCUACAAUCAACAAUCCUAUCUUUCGCUUCGAUCAGAGGGAACCUCACAGCGCCCUCUACUCAAGACAAAGUUUGGAAAAAUGAUUUGCAUAUCAGGUACCAAGGCACAUCAGUGACCACACUCUCGACUGACGGUCCACUGGUUCGAAGCCUGCACUCGGCACGCAUUCAACAAUCAUUGGUAGCUCAUCUACCAAUGAAGUUCAACGUGUCAUUUUCUAAUGUGGACAAGAAUAUUGAAUUGACAUGGCCAAACCCAGGAGCCCAGCAAGGAGGUGUGGCGAUGCACUCCCGGGCACAGAUAGCUGUGGAGACCUCAUCGUUGAAGUCCACUUCUACAGUCACUGCUGGUGACAAUUUGACGAAUCUUGACAAUAAAAGCGUGUUCUUCGACUGCGAACGACCAAUGACUGGAGCUGAAGUAUUAGACAAGCUGUUUACAUCUAAAAACAAUCACUAUGACUUCUUAACCUCAAUCCAACCAUCCCUGAUCAUCCUAAACAGCAUACUCCUCUUCACCUCCCCACCCUCAGGAUCCUGUGGCCUGAUACUUCCACCACAGCAUUUGAUGAAGACUGCCAACGACAUUCUGCAGUUGAAGAUCCAAUUGAAUGAGAUGAGCGUCAAUGAAGAUACCACGAAGUUUGAUCUUUCUAUGAUGCUGAAUUAUUUCAGCCAGGAAGAGCCGAAGAAGGUAUUCUUCGAGAUGGAAGCGCUCACGAAGAUCGAGAGCACGGGAGGGAACGCCAACGUGCAGCUGACGAUACAUGGUCUGCAGCCUAGUGCUGAUAAUGUUACUAGGAAGGAGUGGACGAUAUGUCUUCGAGAACAGGACAUCAGUCAUGGAGCAUCAGACCAGGAUAUAGCCAUCCACCCAACGUCUUAUGAAGGUCACCUCACCAUCACCUACUCAGGAAACAAGACCGACUGCUUCGAGUCCGGUCCAGCAUCAGAGCUGACCCUGAAGUACAAGGGUAUUCCUCAGAACUUAUAUGGAAAACUCGAGAGGUUUUUCGAGGUGAAAAUUUUUGGGAGUAAUUUAUCAGAGAUGGGUAUCCUGGAGUCUGAUAUAGUGACACAGACUGCUCUGGGCCAGCUCGUCAGGAGUUACAGCAAGGAACCGCUUAAUAUGACUGCGGUUAUCAAAGAAAGAAAUGGCCUAGCCUCAGUGAGUGUCAACAAGGGCGCUGACAUGCAGUUCAAGUCUGAUAACUUCGCCUGGUUACUGGACAGCUGGACUGAUGUGCAGAUCAUGAAGACCUUGGGACUGUACCGUGAAUGUCGCGUCCAAGACAACUUGGUACACUUGUUGUUCGGAGGAGAAGAGCUGGUGAUGACGUCAGACACAGCUGAGCACGUCAUCUUGGCUGAUUGCACUGUUAAACCACAAUUCGCAGUAAUAAAAGUAAAGAAUGGUGUGAAGAUAUACACAGGAGGGUUUUACGUGCUGGUGACGUCACAGGAUGAGCAGAAACCUAUCGUGGACAGCAGCAAUGGGGGCAACCAUUUCUGGAUAUCUCACAUCAGAGACACGGUGAAGAUAGUCUCCAGGGCCACGGAUCUCCAAGUAUACUUCAAUGAGUAUGAGCUGGUGGUUCUGGUACCACAUAUAUACCUAGACUCCGUCUGUGGGAUAUGUACUAACAAAAAUGUAUAUUAUUAGUGUUCUUAACAUUAUAUGUAUUAUUUUUAUUGUAACUUUCGUGAGACAUACUAAAUUAAUAAUUAUGUGAUCGGCUUACUCACGUAACUGUUUGACGAGGAACUCGACUAGUUUCAAGCCAUGCUAGAGGCUCAUAUUCAUGAACAGCAUUCCGCGACACACGACGCGACGAUUGUCGCGCUGCUACUGUCGAGUUCCUCGUCAAACAAUUACGUGAGUAAGCCGAUAACAUAAUAAUUAAUUAUAUGUAUUUUUGCGUAUUACAAGAAUUUUUUCUCUUAACAUAAUUGGCGAAAAAUAAAAAUAUAAAAAUGAACGAGAUCUCGCAAGAUUCAGAUU